AUGGCGUGCUGCGGCUCGAGGACGCGCUCGUGGGGAGGACCGGCACCGGCGGCGCGAUGUGCGAGGCGAGUGCUGCGGAGCUCGGCGCGAGGAGGUGCUGCGAGUCACGGCGGCCCGGCGAGGGCAGACCCUCCGGCAGCGGCGGACCCGGCGCGGAUGCUCGGCGACGGGGCAGCAGGGAGCCCCGACGCUGGAGGUGGAGCAACGCGAGGAGAAAUCGGCGGCGCUAGCAGAGCGGCGAAGGAGGCAGCCAUGGCGCACCGUGGUGGCUGCGGUCUCGGCCGGCGCUGCGGCACGGCGCGCCGAGGGCAGCAGGCCCGCGCGGAGUCAGGGAGGGGCGCGCUCGCGAGGGAGAAAGGAAGGGGUGCCGGUGAGCGGCUGCGGGCACGGCCAUGUCUGGCCGGGCGCACGGUUUGCUCGGCAGGCGAUGGGAGAGGAGCGUGGGGUAGUUCGGUCGUCGGCUUAAGCAAGAAGACAGCAGGCAGGCGUAUUCAAGAAGCCGAGGGAGGCCGACAGGGCAGCAUGACACCACGCGGAGAUAGGAUGGGGCGGUGCAGUGUGGCCGGCAGCGGCACAGCUGCACGCACAGGGAAAUGA